GAGAGAGACCGAAAAGCAGGGGAGGGGGACGGCACCGCCGUUUACCUGUCUGCCUCCUCAUUCGCUCUCCCCCCCUCGUUCUGCUCACUCCUGGUGUCAGCCUAUCCGCCUUCCCAAACCCUCCCAUUCCCCCGGUGUAGCCCCCCCUUCACUUUCCUUCUCGUCCUCUGUGUUUCUCCUCUCUUUCUUCCCUUCCCCCUCUAGCAUUGCACCUUCUCUCCUACACGCACGCAGGCAUAUAAACGUAGGUUUUUGAUGCUCCUCUGCCUGUUGACCCCCGCUAUUUUCAUGUUUCCAACAGGUUUUUCUUCCCAUCCCUCAGCUGCUGCUGCUGCUCAGGAGGUCAGAUCUGCCACUGAUGGUAAUACCAGCACCACUCCGCCCACCUCUGCCAAGAAGAGAAAGUUAAACAGCAGCAGCAGUAGCGGCAGUAAUAGUAGUAACGAGAGAGAAGACUUUGAUUCCACCUCUUCCUCUUCCACUCCUCCUUUACAACCCAGGGAUUCGGCAUCCCCUUCAACCUCGUCCUUCUCUGGGGUUUCAGUGGCUACUUCCAGCCACGUACCGAUACAGAAGAAGCUGCGUUUUGAAGACACCCUGGAGUUUGUAGGGUUUGAUGCGAAGAUGGCUGAGGAAUCCUCCUCUUCUUCCUCCUCAUCUUCACCAACUGCUGCAACAUCUCAGCAGCAGCAACUUAAAAAUAAGAGUAUAUUAAUCUCUUCUGUGGCUUCGGUGCAUCAUGCAAACGGCCUAGCCAAAUCUUCUACCACCACUUCUAGCUUUGCUAACAGCAAGCCUGGCUCUGCUAAGAAGUUAGUGAUCAAGAACUUUAAAGAUAAGCCUAAAUUACCGGAGAACUACACAGAUGAAACAUGGCAGAAACUGAAAGAAGCGGUGGAAGCUAUCCAGAAUAGUACUUCAAUUAAGUACAAUUUAGAAGAACUCUAUCAGGCUGUGGAAAAUCUCUGUUCCUACAAGAUUUCUGCAAACUUGUACAAACAGCUGAGACAGAUUUGUGAAGAUCACAUCAAAGCACAAAUUCAUCAGUUCAGAGAGGAUUCAUUGGAUAGUGUUCUUUUUCUAAAGAAGAUUGAUAGAUGCUGGCAAAACCACUGCAGACAAAUGAUCAUGAUUAGAAGCAUUUUUUUGUUUCUGGAUAGAACUUACGUUCUUCAGAAUUCAAUGCUACCCUCGAUUUGGGACAUGGGACUAGAGUUAUUUAGGGCUCAUAUUAUAAGUGAUCAGAAAGUCCAGAAUAAGACAAUUGAUGGCAUUCUUCUCUUGAUUGAGAGGGAAAGGAAUGGUGAAGCAAUUGAUAGAAGUUUACUCCGAAGCCUUUUGAGCAUGCUGUCUGACUUGCAAAUUUAUCAGGAUUCUUUUGAACAACGGUUUUUGGAAGAAACUAACCGGCUCUAUGCAGCUGAAGGCCAAAAAUUAAUGCAGGAAAGAGAGGUUCCUGAAUAUCUUCAUCAUGUUAACAAACGUCUAGAAGAAGAAGCAGACAGACUUAUUACUUACUUAGAUCAGACCACCCAGAAGUCAUUAAUUGCUACUGUAGAAAAACAACUUCUAGGUGAACACUUAACAGCAAUUCUUCAGAAAGGUUUAAAUAACCUCCUUGAUGAAAACCGAAUUCAAGAUUUAUCUCUCCUGUAUCAGCUCUUUAGUAGAGUUCGAGGUGGAGUUCAGGUUCUCUUGCAACAGUGGAUUGAAUACAUUAAGGCAUUUGGCAGCACUAUUGUAAUUAAUCCUGAAAAAGAUAAAACCAUGGUUCAAGAAUUACUGGAUUUUAAAGAUAAGGUUGACCAUAUAAUUGAUAUUUGUUUUCUGAAAAAUGAAAAAUUCAUCAAUGCCAUGAAAGAAGCAUUUGAGACAUUCAUUAACAAAAGACCAAACAAACCUGCUGAACUUAUAGCUAAGUAUGUAGAUUCAAAGCUUCGCGCAGGCAACAAAGAAGCUACAGAUGAAGAGCUUGAAAAAAUGUUGGAUAAAAUUAUGAUCAUAUUUAGAUUUAUCUAUGGUAAGGAUGUUUUUGAGGCCUUCUAUAAGAAAGAUUUAGCCAAGCGCCUGUUAGUUGGGAAAAGUGCAUCUGUAGAUGCUGAAAAAUCAAUGUUGUCCAAACUUAAACAUGAAUGUGGAGCUGCUUUCACCAGCAAACUUGAAGGAAUGUUUAAAGACAUGGAACUUUCUAAAGACAUCAUGAUUCAGUUCAAACAGUAUAUGCAAAACCAGAAUGUACCUGGGAAUAUUGAAUUAACUGUGAAUAUCCUGACAAUGGGUUAUUGGCCAACAUAUGUGCCUAUGGAAGUCCACUUACCACCAGAGAUGGUAAAACUUCAGGAGAUUUUCAAGACAUUUUACCUAGGCAAACAUAGCGGCAGGAAACUUCAGUGGCAGUCAACCCUAGGACACUGUGUGCUAAAGGCAGAAUUUAAAGAGGGUAAAAAAGAACUCCAGGUCUCUCUCUUUCAAACCCUGGUGCUGCUAAUGUUUAAUGAGGGAGAGGAGUUCAGUUUAGAAGAGAUCAAGCAGGCUACUGGAAUAGAGGAUGGAGAAUUAAGGAGAACACUGCAGUCAUUGGCCUGUGGCAAAGCUAGAGUUCUGGCAAAAAAUCCAAAGGGCAAAGAUAUUGAAGAUGGUGACAAGUUCAUUUGUAAUGAUGAUUUCAAACACAAACUUUUCAGGAUAAAGAUCAAUCAAAUCCAGAUGAAAGAAACGGUUGAAGAACAAGCAAGCACUACAGAAAGAGUAUUUCAGGACAGACAGUACCAAAUUGAUGCUGCAAUUGUUCGAAUCAUGAAGAUGAGAAAGACGCUUAGCCACAAUCUUCUUGUUUCAGAAGUGUACAACCAGUUGAAAUUUCCAGUAAAGCCUGCUGAUCUUAAGAAGAGAAUAGAAUCCUUAAUUGAUCGGGAUUACAUGGAAAGAGAUAAAGAAAAUCCAAACCAAUACAAUUAUAUUGCAUAAA